CGGUUGCUUCCCAACAGUCCCUGCAGCUUCAAGGCAUAGAAAUCCGCGUUGCCUUGACCUCUGGCCGCCGCCUCCCCGCCCACAAAUAAGCUUUACUCGCUUUGGGUGACCUCGUCUCCUUAUUGCGGCUCCCUUCGUUACCUAGCAACCAGCGGCGAGCCUGUUUCCCCCGUUUGCGCUGGGUCGGCGCUGCAGUAGCCAAGACUGGCGGGGAAGAAAUGUUGCCAUUGGGCUCUCGGGCACCGGCUAUUGUAGAGGGCCAUGAGUACCCCGCGGCGCCUCCGCCAGCCCUACGGAGGCAAGGGGGCCGGCUCUUUGGCCUCCACUGACCCGCCGCCUUUUUCCAGGGUGAGCGUGGCGGAAGGGCUGCUAUGAGCAGGAGUCAGCAGCGCAACCGCUUGGAGCAACGAGAUUUGCAAGUACAUGAUGGUAAGCUGCCAGAGAUUUCAUGCAUUCCUGAAUGUAGACCUAUCGCUUCUCAGCCACCAAAAGGACAAAAAUUGCCAAUCCUAAAAUCUGACCAGAGAUUACUGGGUAACAAAGUCUCAGGAAAAUCAUUUGAAAGUCGUCUUUUUGAGAAUAGUUGGAAGAAUGCUGUGAUAAAGACAAAAAGGAUGAAACAAGAAUAUAUCUCUGCAUAUGGCUUGAGAGAUUGCGAUGAAAAUGCUGCAAUGCCAAGUCUUGCUCAGGCAAUACCAAACACCUCUCCUAUUGCACAGAAGACACAAAGUGCUACUAAGCCAUUUCCAAGCAGUAAUGAUGAUCCCAGUUUGCCACAUUUAUAUGUGCUUCCAUCUACUUCAUCUCAAUGUGUUUUUGAAAGUUUCUACAAAAGCAGAGAAGAUAUAGCCAUGGGGGAUAUAAAGAAAAGAGUGGCGUGUACUUGGAAAACAGGCCCUCUGAAGACAUCCGAGAUGCAUGGCGGAGCUGGAGAGUUAGGUGCUGUGAGGUUGAAGAAGUACAACCGGUGUUCCAGCCUAAUUUCAUUUCCAGAAGGUUCCAAAUUCAAGACUGGUUACCGUUUCACAGAUCCUGUCAGUGGAGCUCCUCCUCAAUAUCUCCAGCGGCUGUCUGAACUGGCUGCUUUGGAAUGUGAAACCAUUCAUCAAGAGAAAAGCAGAAAAAUUAGGAGAACCAAGAAACAGGAGAUGUAGACAACCUACCAGGCGAGGACCAGGCUCCUUUGAAAUUAUUUAACAAGUUAAUAUUUUCUUGCACACUGCUAUCUACUGCUACUGCUUUCACAAAUACUAUGUUGAUCAGUGAACCUCACAAUUAAGGUAAAAGGGAAACCUGUGAUUAUUUAAUAAACAUUUUAUAUGUUUGUA